AUGACUAAGACAACCAUGAAAAAAUCAAUCCUGAAGAGGGCAGCCAUGAGAAAGGCACUCAUGAAGAAGAAGACCGGGAAGAAGACGGCUAUGAAGAAGUCAACCGUGGAGAACACUAUCAUGGAUGAUACAAUCAUUGCUAUGGAUAACAUGGAUAUAGAUAUCCCUACUUCAAGCUGGCUCACACCAAGUCAAUCUCAGGCCUUCAAGGCUCUCGAAUGCUCAACCGAGGACGAUAGCUUCUUUGCAUUUGAGUUUCUUCCUCUCGAGGUCCAGAUCAUGAUCUUGAAGUACGCGUUUCCUGAGAAGCGUCUCAUCCGAAUGGGAUUCAGAACUGAAUUCAACAAUUUCAACAUGAUCUUGAAUUUUCAGAUGCUACCUGACAUGCACCUCGCACCAUUGCUCAAUACUUCUUGGCUAUUCAAUACAGAGGUCAACAAGGAAUUCAAAAAAGUUGAGCUUCAGAAGUACUCCAGAGGUAUAAAGUCAAAGCUUUACAAUGCAUUGUACGACGAGAAUUACUUCCCUCCCAACUAUUUCUGGGAUCGUUGUAGACGCAACAUCUUCUAUGAGAGAGGAUCCGGAUACCGCUCUUUGAGCCAUGUAUAUAUUCGACCCGAGACUGAUACAUUGAUCAUUGAUUAUCGUCAGCUCUUCAUCCUCUACUUCGUCGGUGGGUCCAUUGACUUGUCAAAUGUUAAGCAUAUCGCCCUCGCCAAUGUAAGACCAUUUCAAUGGGAUUGGCCACACUAUCGUCUCCAAGAAGAUGAUGUUGAUCGUCUGAUACACGGUGUAAUCAGUGUCGAAUGUCCUCAUCUUAAAAAAUUAACAUACAUCAUUUCAAACGAAGACCCGAUGACCGAAACGCUCAUUGAUAUAGAAGAAGUGAUUUUCGACGUCAACGAUGAGUUCUACUAUCAAGAUUUCGAGUAUGAAGAUGGAUCGUUGCACGAAGAACGUCCCUAUAGUUUGAUGCAAACAAAGGCAGAUGUGGAUCAUUGCUUCAGAAGCUUUCUUAGACAGCUUGACUCUGGAUUUAGACUCAAGGACGAUGUUAUGAAUUUCUGGAAGGUGCACGCACCGGGCGUAGGCAUGAUUGCGCGAUUUGAUGCAGAUGCAGAUUGGCGUUUACGUAUGAAGCGUUGUCCAGAGCCUAGGUAUCAUUUUGUGGGAUUCGAUACUUACUUGCCCGCUCAUGCUGAUUGA